AUGGACAAUUCCGCAUAUGUCAAUUAUCCCCCACCAUUAACCCCUGAGCAGCAAGAAUACCUUCUCUCCACGGUAAAAGCAUGGACUCUACAUCACGGACUCUGCGUCAAACCGUCGCUAGCCCCUAUCGAGACUGAAUUGGAUUCCCAACACGCGUUAGCAACUAAUGCGCCCAUCACUCUUUUCCCCAGCCUUUUCCCCAAAUCUUGCUUUGACUAUGCGACGGCAAUCCAGCGAGAGUACAACGAAUUAUAUGCGAGGAUAAGCUGCGAUGAAACGUGGCUGGGGAAGAUUAUUGAAGAACUCAAGGACGUGGAUGAUUUCAUCGCAAACCUCUGGAAGGUUCAUCUCAACGUACAAAGGGAAGGAUACGUUCAGCCACUCGCUCUAGGCCUUUUCCGAUCCGAUUAUAUCACCCAUCGACCACCUGGCUCAACAGAGCCAUCUCUCAAACAAGUAGAAUUUAACACCAUCUCCUCCUCAUUUGGGGGCCUCUCAACACUUGUCACCGCACUACACACGGAUCUCUUGUCUUUGCCCCCUGGAAAUCCCAUUACAUAUCCGCCACAUCCAAUCCUGAAAGACCACAAGCCCCCACCAAAUACCGCCGUUACGACCCUAGCCAACGGUCUUGCAUCGGCCCAUAUUGCAUAUGGCCCGUCGAAAUCAGAAUCCCCGCUACCGCUAUGCAUCCUAUUCGUCGUUCAAGCCGGGGAGCGAAACCUAUUCGAUCAGCUGGAAUUGUCCACCCGUCUUACUGAUUUCCACAAAAUCCCCGUCUUCCGACUCACAACGACAGAUAUCCUAGGACUAACCUCCAUCCCCUCCUCCAACCCUGCCAGGCCAUUAAUAUACACUCCCCCCCACGCUGUCACCACUACGUUCGAGGUGACAACAAUUUAUCUACGCGGCUUCUACGGACCGGCUGACUACCCAGACGACUCCGCGUGGGCUGCCCGAACGCACCUAGAGCGAUCCGCGGCGAUAAAAUGCCCUUCAGUCCUUAGCCAGCUCUCCGGCAGCAAGAAAGUGCAACAAGAACUCGCAGACCCCCACGCAGAGACGGACCAUCUGGCCCAUUUCCUCCCAAAAACCCACGCUGAAACAAUCGAAAAAAUCCGCGCAACGUUCGCCCCGCAAUACGACCUCUCGACCUCCGGUCUUGGUCGCGAUCUUGCCCUCAACCCUUCAACGGCAGUUCACCACGUCUUGAAACCGCAGCGUGAGGGAGGUGGCAACAAUGUCUACCGCGAUGCGAUUCCGGGAUUCCUACGUUCCAUCCCGGAGAAGGAUUGGAAGGGAUGGAUUCUUAUGGAGCUGAUUCAGCCGCCUGAUGCGGCUAAAAACAUGAUGCUGCGUAGUGAUGGGGUAGUGCUUAGUGGGCAUGUUAUUAGUGAAUUAGGAAUGUUUGGUACUGUCCUUUGGAGGAAUAACGGCGAGAUAUUGCACAAUGAGCAGGGAGGCUGGUUGUUGAGGACUAAGGGGAAAGAAUGUGAUGAGGGAGGGGUGGCAGCCGGGUUUUCGUCGUUGGAUAGCCUUCUGCUUCUUUGA